UGUGGGGCUGUGGUUUGAAUUGCUUUUUUGUGUCUCUUGAAUACACGAAGUUCCUCCUAUAGUCAUUGGCUCUGCUGCCUCUGAUGAGGCACUUCCUUGUUCCCCACAUUUGAAUUUGCUCCCGAUUCGAGAGAGGCAGGCAUCAGCGGCAGCAGCUUCCAACCCAGACAGGCUUCAGCAGCGCGAGGGUGCCUGGGUGGGUGGCUGCGCGGGGCCCUACCUGGACGGGAGCGGCUGCAGAGCCCUCCCCACGCGGUGCCUCCCGCUCCAGGCUGUUGGUUACCUGGCAGGGAGCUGGCAGAGACCAGGAUUUCUCCUCACCGCCGCCGUUGCUGUUGUUAGGGGAAACAGACCAUCUGCAUCUAGACCUGCCUCUCUCUCCUCUCCCUACUUCAGACGAGCUCUUCCUGCCUGGAAUCUGUGAUCCGUACGUGAAACUUUCAUUGUACGUAGCAGAUGAGAAUAGAGAACUUGCUUUGGUCCAGACAAAAACAAUUAAAAAGACGCUGAACCCAAAAUGGAAUGAAGAAUUUUAUUUCAGGGUAAACCCAUCUAAUCACAGACUCCUAUUUGAAGUAUUUGACGAAAAUAGACUGACACGAGACGACUUCCUGGGCCAGGUGGACGUGCCCCUUAGUCACCUUCCGACCGAAGAUCCAACCAUGGAGCGACCCUAUACGUUUAAGGACUUUCUCCUCAGACCAAGAAGUCAUAAGUCUCGAGUUAAGGGAUUUUUGCGACUGAAAAUGGCCUAUAUGCCAAAAAAUGGAGGUCAAGAUGAAGAAAACAGCGACCAGAGGGACGACAUGGAGCAUGGAUGGGAAGUUGUUGACUCAAAUGACUCGGCUUCUCAGCACCAAGAGGAACUUCCUCCUCCUCCUCUGCCUCCCGGGUGGGAAGAAAAAGUGGACAAUUUAGGCCGAACUUACUAUGUCAACCACAACAACCGGACCACUCAGUGGCACCGACCAAGCCUGAUGGACGUGUCCUCCGAGUCGGACAAUAACAUCAGACAGAUCAACCAGGAGGCAGCGCACCGUCGCUUCCGCUCCCGCAGGCAUAUCAGUGAGGACUUGGAGCCCGAGCCCUCGGAGGGCGGGGAUGUCCCCGAGCCUUGGGAGACCAUUUCAGAGGAAGUGAAUAUCGCUGGAGACUCUCUCGGUCUGGCUCUGCCCCCACCACCGGCCUCCCCAGGAUCUCGGACCAGCCCUCAGGAGUUGUCAGAGGAACUGAGCAGAAGGCUUCAGAUCACUCCAGAUUCCAAUGGGGAACAGUUCAGCUCUUUGGUUCAAAGAGAACCCUCCUCAAGGUUGAGGUCAUGCAGUGUCACCGAUGCGGUUGCAGAACAGGGCCAUCUACCACCGCCAUCAGUGGCCUAUGUACAUACCACGCCGGGUCUGCCUUCAGGCUGGGAAGAAAGAAAAGAUGCUAAGGGGCGCACAUACUAUGUCAAUCAUAACAAUCGAACCACAACUUGGACUCGACCUAUCAUGCAGCUUGCAGAAGAUGGUGCAUCUGGAUCAGCCACAAACAGUAACAACCAUCUAAUCGAGCCUCAGAUCCGCCGGCCUCGUAGCCUCAGCUCGCCAACAGUAACUUUAUCUGCCCCGCUGGAGGGUGCCAAGGACUCACCCGUACGUCGGGCUGUGAAAGACACCCUUUCCAACCCACAGUCCCCACAGCCAUCACCUUACAACUCCCCCAAACCACAACACAAAGUCACACAGAGCUUCUUGCCACCCGGCUGGGAAAUGAGGAUAGCGCCAAACGGCCGGCCCUUCUUCAUUGAUCAUAACACAAAGACCACAACCUGGGAAGAUCCGCGUUUGAAAUUUCCAGUGCAUAUGCGGUCAAAGACAUCUUUAAACCCCAAUGACCUUGGUCCCCUUCCUCCUGGCUGGGAAGAAAGAAUUCACUUGGAUGGCCGAACGUUUUAUAUUGAUCAUAAUAGCAAAAUUACUCAGUGGGAAGACCCGAGACUGCAGAACCCAGCUAUUACUGGUCCGGCUGUUCCUUACUCCAGAGAGUUUAAGCAGAAAUAUGACUACUUCAGGAAGAAAUUAAAGAAACCUGCUGAUAUCCCCAAUAGGUUUGAAAUGAAACUUCACAGAAAUAACAUAUUUGAAGAGUCCUAUCGGAGAAUUAUGUCCGUGAAAAGACCAGAUGUCCUAAAAGCUAGACUGUGGAUUGAGUUUGAAUCAGAGAAAGGUCUUGACUACGGGGGUGUGGCCAGAGAAUGGUUCUUCUUACUGUCCAAAGAGAUGUUCAACCCCUACUACGGCCUCUUUGAGUACUCUGCCACGGACAACUACACCCUUCAGAUCAACCCUAAUUCAGGCCUCUGUAAUGAAGAUCAUUUGUCCUACUUCACUUUUAUUGGAAGAGUUGCUGGUCUGGCCGUAUUUCAUGGAAAGCUCUUAGAUGGUUUCUUCAUUAGACCAUUUUACAAGAUGAUGUUGGGAAAGCAGAUAACCCUGAAUGACAUGGAAUCUGUGGAUAGUGAAUAUUACAACUCUUUGAAAUGGAUCCUGGAGAAUGACCCUACUGAGCUGGACCUCAUGUUCUGCAUAGAUGAAGAAAACUUUGGACAGACAUAUCAAGUGGAUUUGAAGCCCAAUGGGUCAGAAAUAAUGGUCACAAAUGAAAACAAAAGGGAAUAUAUCGACUUAGUCAUCCAGUGGAGAUUUGUGAACAGGGUCCAGAAGCAGAUGAACGCCUUCUUGGAGGGAUUCACAGAACUGCUUCCUAUUGAUUUGAUUAAAAUUUUUGAUGAAAAUGAGCUGGAGUUGCUCAUGUGCGGCCUCGGUGAUGUGGACGUGAAUGACUGGAGACAGCAUUCUAUUUACAAGAACGGCUACUGUCCAAACCACCCUGUUAUUCAGUGGUUCUGGAAGGCUGUGCUACUCAUGGACGCCGAAAAGCGGAUCCGGUUACUGCAGUUUGUCACGGGGACAUCGCGAGUACCUAUGAAUGGAUUUGCCGAACUUUAUGGUUCCAAUGGUCCUCAGCUGUUUACAAUAGAGCAAUGGGGCAGUCCUGAGAAACUGCCCAGAGCUCACACAUGCUUUAAUCGCCUUGACUUACCUCCAUAUGAAACCUUUGAAGAUUUACGAGAGAAACUUCUCAUGGCCGUGGAAAAUGCUCAAGGAUUUGAAGGGGUGGAUUAAGCACCCUCUGCCUCGGGGGUGGUUGUUCUUCAAGCAAGUUCUGCUUGCACUUUUGCAUUUGCCUAACAGACUUUUGCAGAGGCGAUGGCAGAGAGCAGCUGCAGGCAUGGUCCCUGGAGCCAAGCCUUCGCCAUGCACUCGUCCAAGUUCGGAUGUGGGAACCUGGUCCCAGCUUGAGUUUCUGCAUUUCCCACCACAAAUUAUCAACUGGUUGAUGUGUACACUAAUUACAUUUCAGGAGGACUUAUGCUAUUUAUGUUGUGCCUCUGCAGGCAAAGCCCUUAAUAAAUAUUUUACAUCCUUUCUAAUGACAAUGAAUGGAAUUAAUCACUCUACAGGUAUAGUAUUACAACUCAUGUUUACUUUUUAAAAUGAUUUAGACCGAUUUUCAGAUUUUAUUUCGUUAUGAUUAAAGAUGUCUCAUGUACUUGGAAAAGUGAGCUUUUUUUUUUUUUUUUUUUUGUAUUUCACUUUCAUACCAGGCUUAAUGUCAAUGACAUUUUUAUUUUUUAAGUCUCUGACACCUCCACCCUCUACUUAGAAUUGGAAGGCAAGUGUUUGUCCAAAAACCUUCUACAGACAAGUACUUUGAGAGAAUUUCCAGUAUAAUAUUAGACAUAAUAAUUUUUUCCAUACUCAGAAUGAAAAACUGGAUAUUACAUUUUUGUUUUGGGGUUUUUUUUGUACAAAUUUAGCUAAUAGCUACAGGCUGAGAGAAUUGUAACAUAGCAUGACAAAUUUUGUGUUGACUUGAAAGGAAUCACACCAUUAUUCCUUAGAAGUAAUUACAUGUGCUGUAACACAUUUGAGACAGGGUUGGACUCCCAUUUCUCAUCAGAGAAAUUAUUUAGCCUUUCCUGGCGCUGUACAGUCAUCUUUUAUUCUAUUUCCUCUUUGCUGUUUGUAGUAGAGACACUUUGAAUGAAACUUGGCACUGCUUGAUUCAAAACUGUGGAAACCAGAUCUGUUUAGUCUCCUGUUUGUAUGCGUUUGCUAAUGGUAGCUAAAUAACCAGUUUUUGUUGUAAAUGCACCAAUUCUGAAGGCACUUUAUGUACUACAUGGAGGUCAUGUCUGGUUUUGUUUUUAUUUUUUUAUCAUGAACAUUAAAUGUGAUGAUGAUUUCUUUUCCCUGCACACAUCUUUCUGGUGCAAUAUCUAUCCAUUGUGAAUCUGGCUGCUGGUGUAUAAAAACCUGGAUGUAAAGCUGAGCCUACAGACCUGUCCUCACCAACUGUUUUGUGAUUUCUACUCAACUACAAAGAUUUACUUAAUGUACACUUAUUCUAACUGA